AGGGUGAGGAAGGGGGACUAGGGUGAGUUCAGAGGAGCUUACAGACUGGAGCAGACCUCCUUCAGUCGUAUUUCAGAUUUCCUCCUGUCGUAGUCAGUGUGCUCUCUAGAACCUCCAUUGGGAGCGCGCACUCUGGCCAUACAUGCUGACACUUGUCCGCUGGUGAGAUGGACGUCAUUCCCAUGUGCAGCAUCUUCCAGGAGCUCCAGAUUGUGCAUGACACCGGAUACUUUUCAGCGCUACCGUCACUGGAGGAGUACUGGCAGCAGACAUGUUUGGAGCUGGAACGCUACCUCCAGAGCGAGCCGUACGUGUCGGCUUCAGAGCUCAAGUUUGAGAGUCAGGAGGAUUUAUGGAGCAAGCUGAUGUUGGCUUGCGGCGACAAGAACGCCGACCCAAAGCUCAUCAAGGAGGAGGAGGACCACCAGCACCUGGACGUGGGCUGCUUCCACUCGGAUGCCAGCAGCGAGGCGUCGGACAGCUCCGAGGAGCUCUCUCCUGCCCUCGACUUCCCCUCCGGUUCCUUGGUGGACAUUCUUGGUGAUGGCGCCGAGGAUCUGAGCGCCACUGUCAUUGGCACGCCGCCGUCCUCGCCCGAGCUGGCCAAGGAGGGCCUGCCGGGGCAGGCGUGGGCCGGCGUACAGACUGUGCUGCAUGCUGCCGGGAAGGGCAGGACAGGUGGCGGCGGAGGAAGUGGCGGUGGCUUGGAGAGGGCGGGGCUUGCCAGUGGGGAGGCGUCGCCUGACGGAAGGAGGCGUGUCCACAGGUGUCUGUUCAAUGGAUGCAGGAAGGUGUACACCAAGAGCUCACACCUGAAAGCACACCAGCGCACGCAUACAGGUGAGAAGCCGUACAGGUGCUCAUGGGAAGGCUGCGAGUGGCGUUUUGCGCGAAGCGACGAGCUGACGCGUCACUUCAGGAAGCACACUGGAGCCAAGCCAUUCAAAUGCAGCCACUGCGACAGGUGUUUUUCCCGCUCCGACCACCUGGCGCUGCACAUGAAGCGCCACAUCUAAGGUGGCGUCGGCGUGGAAGGCCCUGCGGGAUGAAUCGGGCGGAUGUUUCCUGACCUGUGCGGCAGCAGCGAGGCCGGGGUGUCCCCCCGCCCACAUGGGAGGGCGGGACCGUGGCGUUCCAUUCAGUGGAAAAGCAGGAAGGAAGAGAAGAAGUCAAGGCAGGCUAUCAUUUGCACCGUGCUCAGUGCCUCGCUGUGGAGACGGCUCUUGAACGAUGUAGUGAGGAUGGGAAGAAAUUCUUCUAUAUGGCUUUUUUAUCCCCCCUCCCCCACCGCGGAGGACUAUGGGAGUGUUGCAGGUGGGGGGUGUGCGUGUGUUUGGACUGUGAUGGAUGCCUGCCAUGGAGCAUGCAUGUGGACCUGCGCGUGAAUGCCGUCUAUUGUCUGCGAGUGAAUGCAGAGAGAAAGCAUAGGAGCGUGGGGCUUAUUUGUUUGGUUGCAAAAAAAAGUGCGCCCCUCCCCCCAUGGCCUGGAGGUGGAACUACAGCUCCAUGCUUAUUUAGAAAAAGAAAAAAAAAAGAGGCAAAAGGUGUUUUUUUAAGUGCAGCUAAUAAAUGUGCAAUGUAUAACAUAGUCUGAAAACAUACACAGUAUAAAGCUCAUUUUGUCAUCCGUGUUAUGACACACAAACUAUGUACACUCGCAGUUACACCGUGUUUUUUUUAUUCAUGAAAAACUUGUCGCUCUUUGGGGCACGUUUAUAUGACAAUGACAACUGCGAGUCUGGAAACCAUUGAAUAUGUACUUCAUAACCAAUGUUAGAGCACAGCUCGGUGGGGGGGGGGGCUCUACUAGACGUGUGCUCGUACAAGCACGCAAAUAAGUGCAUUACCUUUAAAAAAAAUUCAGAUCCUUUAAAAACUAAAAGUCUUCUACCUUUUGUUCAUGAUUUUGUUUUUUUUAGAACAAACUGACUUUUUUUUUUUCCAAGCAGGAUGUGAACUACUACACUUAACCACUUUAUACUACUUUUGGUGUACUACUUUUGGAGUUGGUCAAAGUCCCCUUAUUGCAAAGCAUAAUUGGCCUCCGAAAUACUACAUCAUUAACGUGACUAGCACUUUUUUUACUUUGAAAAUGCAACAUUUUAGACAAAAAAUGGAGGGCCAAGACCCUGCAGGUUUUCUCUCCAAGCAGUUUCUCCAGGAAGUGAUUUCAUUGAUGAGCUCCUUCCUACAAAUUGAAGGUGUUGAUCGGUAAAAUCACCUGAUUUAGCGACCAGCUGGAAAGUCAACGAGCAGUGUCUCGGCCCCAGCCCCACAAGUUUGACACUCCUGCUCUAAGCCUUUUUCACACAGAAAUCUUGCAAAAUUGACUUCUGUGCAUGUUAUUAUAGUAUACCAUAUUUGUUCAAAUUUGAUGAAAACACAGUAGCAUUUUGUGGGGAUUACAGUUUUGGGACCAACCGCAAAUAUCAAAUAAAAUUAAAAAAAUUAUAUUUAUAUUUUUUAGUCUGACGUUCUUCGUUCCCAAUUAUGGAUCAUAAUUGUAAUUAUGUCAAAUUCAGCUUCAGAACCCCUUCUUUCAUCAAUUGCCAUUGUUUGGUAGCAACACAAUUUAGGUUUGAGCCCUAAAUAUGCCUCAAAUACUUAUACAUUUAAAGUAUAAAAUGUCUUGGUACUCACUACUAAUGAAUGAUAAUUAAGACGAUCCAUGACUGUCAAAGCUAUUAUUAUUCUGGAGCCAAACGAACACAACUACAACGCGUUAAGGGAUCGUUGAACUUGAAGUGUGACUCAACGCUUCAGGAAAAAACAUAAGUAGGGUUGGGCGAUAUGGACCUUAGCAUAUAUCACAAAAGUUUUGGUACAUAUCGCAAUGGUGAUAGAAAAUAAAAAUUCAGCAGUCUUGUAUAAAAAGCUACAAGCAUUAAUGAAAUACAGAAGUACAUUUAUUCAUUGGCUAGCUUUUCUAAUGGCACUUCCCCACACCAACGUUCCUACUCACAAUGACAGCAUUUCAUUCAUCUAAUGUAUCACAAUACAACUCGGCUUGUUUUCGUUUAUUAUUUAAACCGGUGUAAGUCUUUUUUAUUAUUGGAAGAAUCUAUACCGGUAAAUAUCGCCCAACCCUGCAGUGAAGCAUAAAGACAUAAAUGUCAAAAUUGUGGGCUUUGUAAAAGCUGUACAUUUGACUCGUAUUAGUACAUAUUUGUACAUUCUUACCGACUUUGGGCGAAUGAGAAAAAAACGUCAACAAAUGUCUAGGGCCGUCAAUGCUGAAGCUGAAUUAGGACUAUAGUUCCAGUACUACAGCCUUACGCCACAAAUAUGUCCGACUUGACUUUUGAGCGCCAACUAGUGGUCCGGCAUGCAUCCUCCACUUUUUUGUUCAAUUUUUGAUCAGAAUUUAUAAUUUUUGAUCAAGUGUACAGUUACUCUCACACUGUCAUGUGACUUCUGCUGACUUUUUUGCAAAUGUUUCCUGAGAAAGUCGCAGUUUGUGGUUGUGGUGUAAACGUCUGGUUGCAUGGGGGGAAGGGUCCAAGAGAGCAGCUACCUUCAUCUUAUAGAAGACGUACGUUUGGGAAUACCACAUAUGUUGCUUGGCAAGUGUCUUCAUGGCGGCUUCCUUUAGUUUAUUUUUGUUGUAAAUGCACUGUUGACCUUACUGAUGCCUUAUGUAAGUGGCCUUGUCCUCUUCAACAUACAACACACACACAGAAUAGCUUUACAGCAUACAUUUCCUCCCUACCCCGCCACAAUGAAACAACAUGAUAACCACGGACAUGUUUUAUAGUUCUUGUUUUAAGUCAUGUGAUGCAGUGGGCUGUGCGGGUUUACUACCGUGUAGUGAACAUGGUUGUCGUCCUGCUUGAGGAUUUAUUGAUAAGGUGUGAGUCAGCGUCUCGGCCACCAGACGACCGGCUCGACCGGUUUAAGCGCUGACAUAAAGAGCGUGGCAACACACAGCCUUCUUGUCACAUAACAUUUGUUUUGGUUUUUGUUGCUUUUUUUACACUGAGAGCUUGACAAUUUUAUAACAAGGUUCUAUUUCCAAAGGGGACCAAAAUGUGGUUGUUUCAAAUAAUAAUAAUAAAUUGCUUGUGUUCCAUCUCGUCAUCCUUGUAGAAAAAAAAAAAACAUGUAGAACUUUCCUGAUGCUAGAAUAUUCAAGUAUUAUUUUUUUAUUUGCCAUGUGACUUGUGUCAAACAUGCCAGAAGCUUCAUUUCCUCUUUGUUGCCAUAACAUUUUGUUUUGUCUUUUCUGUAUGAAUGUAUUUUCUAUGGAAAAGUCCAUAAAAAAAGCUUUUAUUGGA